AUGGCGUUUUUGAAUGUGGUAGAUGAUGGUAGAGAUAUGGAUCAUGACCCAGGGGGAGGAAGACCGCCGGAUAGGGGCAGGCAACUUCGCCUUACUGAUUUCUGGAAACCUAAAUUAAAGGAUGCAUCGGAAGCGGUUAGAGAAGAAUCUGAGUUUCAAGCCAAAGAAGAUCUGAGUACUAAGGUGGAUGACAGCAGAAAUCAGAAAGAUAGAGGGGAUGGUGUGAAGAAAACUUUUUCUACUGUUGUGGGUAAGGUUUUACCGGACGUGGAGCAGUUGGCGGAUCCAAUACAUGCUGGGGCGCACACUAAGAUUAUCAUCCCGCAAGAGGCAUAUGAGGAGAGGCUGGAAAAAUUCAAGUUUGCUUUGAUAGGUAGGGCAAAUUUCAAAUUUAUGUCUAUGAAUGAUAUUCGUAAAGCUGCAGGAGAGGGGUGGAAGUUGAAGGGGAGAAUUUCUUUGUCUCCUAUGGGGAAAGGCUUCAUUUUAUUUCAGUUUGAGUUGGAAGGAGAUAUGUCUGCCAUUUGGAGAAGGAACCUAAUCAAGGUUAGAGGACAAUUGAUUCGAUUCCAACGCUGGAAACCAGAUUUUGAUGUGCAUGCGGUGAACAACCCAACCAAACUGGUGUGGAUCAGAUUUCCAGGCCUUCCCCUGGAAUACUGGUAUGAGAAGAUCUUGUUGACAAUGGCUAAAGGGGCAGGUAGACCUGUGGCCCUGGACAGACGCACCAGAUCGGCGGCAAUGGGGAAUUUUGCGCGUGUUCAGGUAGAAGUGAUAAUUGGGGAGAAAAGGGUGGAAGAGAUUCAGGUGGAAAGAAAGCAACCAGGAACGGGGGAGAUUUUUUGGUUUAAACAGUUAAUCGUAUAUGAAGAUGGGUUAGCUAAAUGUGGUUUUUGCAAAAAAAUCGGGCAUACUUUGUUCCAAUGCAAAGAGAAGAAGGAGGUGGAUGCUCGAGACACUGAGGCGGCAACCAUGGUGAAUGAAGGUGGUGCAGGGCGAAGAUCCAGCUCAGAGGGCGGUGAUUUGGGUGAAGGAGUUGUUUCCAAUUUGGGUAGAAAUCUUACCCAUAUGAGGCAGCCUUCUACCAUAUUAAGAACUCAGAUUAGGGACAAUAGUCCAAAGUCUAAGGAAGGUGUGCAGGGGCAGGGAGAUAUUGAAAUAAUUAUUCCCGUAGAGAAGUCUACCAAUAUGGGAAUAAAUCACAAUCGUAUGGGUGCAGUUAACAGUAUGGAGGGUAAUGGAUUGGUGUCUACAUUCAAUGAGGAAUCUGGGUCGGUGGAUGGAGCGGAUAUGGAUCAUAUAUCUGAACCAGGAGAGGAGGCAGAGAUUGAUCACCGUAGGUGCAACUUUCCCAUUUCAGAGGAGGAUGAGGCUAUCUAUGGUAGGGAGGAUCACAUUGGUUCAGGUCAGCAUGGUGAGAUCGAAGAGGGUAGGGAUGUGAGGUUCGAGCCUCAAAUUGAUAAUCCAAAAAAUCAGUUGCAGUAUAAGGACGGGGUUAUGAUUGUGUAUCAUGAAGACGUGGUAGAAGUUGAUAGAAUGGCGAGCAUCCUCGAGAGCAAUAUGGAGGGGAGAAGACAGCAAAAAGGUAAACCUUUCUCCCUAAAUGAGCAGAUUGCUCGGAAAUCUGACAGAUUGGCUCUCUUAAAAAAAUGA